AAUCAUUGUCUUUUUUAGUAAUAAAUAGGUUACAUAGUGACACAUUAUGAGAGGAAAAAAAACUGUCAAAAUAUUUACGUGGUGCCAAAACAAUGCGCUAACACAUUUCUUUAUCUUGCAAAUUUAAAGCCCAUUUCAACUUGUCAUCUAAAAGUGUUAUAUCCGAUGAUGAUUAUUCGCAAUCGCACAAUUUGAACAAAAAAAAACGACUUGGACACCAUGCAAUACAACGCCACGAAAGAGAGUUUUAAAUUGCUCCAAUUGUCGGACACAUCAAAAUCGUCCGAACUGGAAUUACCUGAAGUGACCACACAACGGAAACGACGAAUACGACGGAAGGUACGCACAUCAGCCAGUCCACAUUUGCGUAGUUACAAUGCGUCACACAAAGAUUCCACCGAUGACAUGCAACCAGCAUGUCAAAACAUUGGCCUUUGGAUAGCUGUGUUCAUGAGCUGCGGCUGGUUACUUAUAUUAUCAUACAUGAUGGCUGUUGUAUAUACCGAAAAUCGUAGAUUAGAAGUGGAAAUAUCCAAAUUGUCGACCAGUAGUCAAAGUGUUCCAGAUGCCCUACAAAAAUGGCAUGAAACGUCCAAAGGGCUUCAACAGAAUCAAACGUCCAUGUCAAGUAUUGUACAUGCCUUGCAGAAGCGGAUCGACGCCUUCGAAACUGAUUUGAAUAUUGUAAAGGCUGCAAUUAGCAAAAAGGAAGCCACCUCCGAGGAGAAUAAUGCUGCCGUUGUCGCUGUUGGUGCUAAAUAUGCCGACUUAAGGGCAGACGUAGAUAGUUUAAAGGAGAAAUUGCAGCAAAUUAAAGCUGAUGAAGAUGUGACCCAAACAAAGUUGACCAAACUAGCGGAAACGUUCAACACCACCACCACAAUAAUAACAGCACCAUCCACCUCCAACAAUGAGACAAUGAAGGUCAUCGAGAAUUUUACGAGCAAUUUCACCAGUCAAAUAAGUUCGUUGUCCAAGAACGUAUCCACAUUCAACGAUACAUUGACCCAGCGAAGCAAUGCAUUGGAUGUGGAUGUAAGGAAAAACAAGGAACGUUUGGAUGGGCUUGAGGAAAAGCUAGCGAAUGUAACGUCGAAAAUUGGUUCGUUAGAAUUUCGUCGGGACAGAAGUGUGUCGACAGUGCAACCGUCGUCCGAUGCCACGGGAUAAAAUAAUGUCAUGUGUAGCAAUAUUGUAAUAUGGGUGGAGAACUUAAAUAGUAAUUUUAAUUGUUAACUAAUUAUUAAAUUAUUUUUUGUUUGACAGAAGCAAUCAAAAACGGAAAUUCCCCCUCCCCCAGUGUUAGUGAGUGAGUUGAGCCAAAAAAAAACCUAAAAAUAAUUUUUGUAAGUCGAUAAACAAAAAAUUUGAUUCGCUGCAAUCAACUCUUAUCAAUUUUUCGUCAAACCAUCAAUAUAUUAAUGAUGAAUCAUUUUGAUCGCAUCGGAGGGAUUAUACCGGUUAGCUAGUUUGACGAAAAAUUGAUAAAAAAGAGAUUUUGAAUUUGAACCGAACGUGUGUAUACAAUGGACGCAAUUGAAUUUAUACGAGAAGUAAGAAGGGUUUCCCAUUGCCGUCGGUUACUUCUUUUUGAUAAUAAAAUACCAAAAUUUUGUUGAUAAUUUGUGUAAAGAGUGUAGCGCAUUUUCUUAUGUAAAAUUGAAAAUGAAUGAACAAUAAACGAAGAACGUGUAAAGAUU